CCACCACAACUUCAAAGAUCACGCCAAAGAUGAAUGUUACAACAACGUCGAAGAAAACUACGACUAAGAAGACUUCCGCUACUACAACUCUUAAACCAAGUGUUACAACGACUGUAAAGAGAAAUGUUACGACAACUACCCCUAGCCCGGCGAACAUUCCGAAAUUUUUCGUGUGUCGUGACACGAACUCUUCCGCAGCUACAGGGAUCCUCCUGCCGUAUCGGAAUACAACAAGUGGCAAAACCAAGAACUGUAAAUUUUCCAUCGUCGCACCACCUGACCAACAGAUUCAAAUUACUUGCUCGACUAUAAACAUCAUAGACUAUCCCAGUUAUUUCCGCAUCGCUGAGUACGCCGAUUACGGAUCCGAAGUUAUAGUGAACCGCGAUUAUUUUUCAAUCAACAACAGUUUGUCAGUGACAGCAUCAUUUGACUACCCGGACUGGUUUGAAUGCAAGUGGACAACAUUACCCAAAGAUAAUACGACCAACUUUAAACUUUGCCGUCAUGCCGAGGCAAAAACAACAAACGGGAUAAUCCAGCCUUUGGGAGGAGAUACGACGCCGGAUAGAAUUUGUUCCAUCACCAUCGUCGCUCCUUCUGAUUAUCAGAUUGAAUUCUCAUGCUCUUCUCUCAACUUUUCUGGCUAUUUAUUGAUUGAGAAUGUCCUCGACGGUUCCGCUAAUUCUGCCAAGGGAGGAAAUCUCAAAUACAAUAGCAGAAGCACCUACGUAGAAGUAUUAGGCAGGAAAUAUUAUUCAAUCAACAACAGGAUGACCGUGAAAUCUUCGUUCGGAUACCAAGCCAGGUUUAAUUGCUCCUACAGGGCAAUACCCAAGGAGAUAACAACUGAAUCUAAAUUUUGUCGACACGCUGAGGCUACAGCGGCUAAUGGAACCAUUUCACCAAUAGCGGGAGACACGAGAUAUGUUAGAAAUUGUGCCUUCCACAUCAAAGCUGCUCCUUAUCAACAGAUUCGAAUUAUUUGCUCUGCCAUCCUCCUAACUGUCUCUGACAGUUAUCUGAGCAUUUAUGGGAUAAACGAAGAUACUGUAGGCAACGGACGUUUGCCCGUUGUAAAUCGAACGUAUUAUUCAACUUCUUACAAUGACGUAACCUUAAAGUCUUAUUUCGGGAAAAACGACUGGAUUAGUUGCCAGUGGACGACCACAACCAGGGAGAAUACGACGAGUUUACAAAUUUGCCGUGACAGUUUAAUCGGAAGCCCCGGAAUGACCAAUGGAACCAUCGAGCCCUUAGCCCAAAUGAACACGGUAGAACAAAGAAGUUGUCUCGCCACUAUAAGCGCACCUGAUGGUUACCAAAUCCAGUUGUCUUGUUCGGCCGUCAACAUGUCAUCCGACAGUUAUUUCAGAAUUCUAGGAACGAUAGACGAAGAAACACACCCAUCACAGGAACUGAACAGAGUGUACACCUCAAGUUUAAGCAAUAAAAUAAUGAUCUACUCUGUAUUCAGCCAAUCAGACUGGUUCUAUUGCAAGUGGAAUAUCGCCCUUAGAGAGAUUCCACAGAACUCUAAACUCUGUCUUCACGCGGAAUCGACAGUGGCCAACGGGACCAUUACCCCCCUAGCAGGAAAUACGGGACCGAUGAGAGAAUGUCCGUUCGUUAUCAAAGGUCUCCCCGACCAGAUGCUGCAAAUAUCUUGCUCUACUCUCAAUUUCUCCACGCCGGAUGGAUACUUGAAAAUCUCGGGAAUAAUCGACUACCCAUUUUCCGAAGAUUACGCGAUUGUAAACCGGAUGUACACCGCAAUAACAAACAACGAAAUAAAUAUCUACAGCAUAGUGGGGAACGAAGAUUGGAUUGAGUGCAAGUGGACAACUACACCAAUGAAGAAUACGACAGAUUUCAAACUUUGUCGAGAUGAAGUGGCCACAUCAUCUAGUGGGACCAUUCAGCCCUUAGUGGGGGAUACAGGGCCGAAAAGGGAUUGCUACUUCUCCAUCCAAACGACUUCUUCUGACCAACAGAUUCAAAUGUCUUGCUCAGCCAUCAAAUUUAAUAGCAGCGACAGUUAUCUAUACAUCGACGGAGCUGUCGACUACCCUUUGAAACUUGUACUGAACAGAAUUUAUAGUUCAUCCUAUGAAAUUUCAUUUGAUUCUGGAAUGGCCAGAGGAGACUGGAUUGAUUGCAAGUGGAACAAAACGACCGUGAAGAACACAACGGAUUAUAAAUUUUGCCGCGACAGUGCGGCUAGAACGGCCAAUGGAACCAUUCAACCCCUAACUGGUGAUCCAGGGCCAUUAAGAGAAUGUCUUUUUUCCAUCUACGCAUUCCCAAGUCAGCAAAUUCGGAUUUCAUGCUCUACUCUCAAUCUUACUAGCCCUGGGAGUUAUUUUACGAUCUCCGGAAUAAUCGGAACUGCGAACCCACUUCUACUGAACAGAGUUUAUUAUUCUUCAUAUUUAAACCAAAUUGAACUUCAAUCUGGAAUUAAUAAAGGAAAUUGGAUUGACUGCAAGUGGACGACAACACCUGUGGAGAUAACGCUAAAUUCAAAACUUUGUCGCCACCAACGCGCAACAACGCCCAACGGGACUAUUACACCAUUAGGGAUGACAUUGGGAGAGCCAAAAAGAGAAUGUGACUUCACCAUCAAAGCAAAUUUGGAUCAACAAAUCCAAUUUUAUUGCUCUGCCGUCCGCCUCAGUUCCGGAAGUUAUUUGAAUUUAUACGGAAUGAUUGGACAAUCAGAAACUGAUUCUGCAGUUACAUUAAAUCGGGUCUAUUAUUCAACACGCAGCAACGAUUUGCGUCUGAGUUCUAAAAUCGGCAGCUCAGACACGUUUAACUGCACAUGGGCGACGAUACCCUUGGAGAUAACAUCUCAAUUCAAACUUUGUCGUCACGCAGAGGCAACAGCGGCCAACGGAACUAUCACCCCCAUAACAGGAGACAAGAGAAGUUGCUUCUUCCUUAUCAAAGCCUAUCCAAAUCAGAAAAUUCAGAUAUCUUGCUCUGUCCUCAAAUUGACCAGUACUGGAAGUUAUUUGAGUAUCAAAGGACUAGUCAAAGGUGCAAAUCCGCCCGUCUUGAAUCAAGUUUACACUUCAACUGUUAGUAAUGACAUAACCUUGUCAUCUUCAUUCGACAAAUUCGACAAGUUCAAUUGCAGCUGGACGAUUACAACCAGAUAUUAGACUAGGAUGGUUUCAUUGCACACGCGUAUUAUUGAUUUAAUUAUUUCCUAUUUAGCACAUGAAAUUGAGGCCUUUCUUCAUUUUCAAUUUGGUUUAACUUUCAGUCUUUAUAAUUAUUUCUUUUAAUUUUGAUUGGAAUAAAAUUGGUUGUCUCUU